UUCCACGGUGGCGGGCUAGACCGAAUAUUAAUCCAAGUUUAUUUUUGUUAUAUCGUGUGUAUUACUUUAAUAUUACUGAAACAGUAAUUAUGUAGGUUUGUGUCAAUUAAUAAAGUGUUGUUUAGUGUGUUGUUAUGAUACUUUUGACCGUUUUCUGUGAUGUCAAGCUGUCGAAGUAACGGUAUUGUUGUGCUGUGAACCACUGGUUUUGUAUCAAAUCGAACACACCUAGUGCUGAGCCCCGUUUUUGUGUAUAAAAAGUACAGGAUGCAACGCGUGUGAUUUUUCGACUGACCUUAUUUACGAUAACCAAAGAUGGAGACGAGAUGGAGAUGGGUGCUCAUUUGGACGGCUCUUUGUUUUACUUCAGGCUCCACAAACAUGCUGCCAGUGUUCACACAGGACAUGAACAACCUCGCGCUAUCAGAGAGCACACCAGUCGGGACAAUAGUUUAUAAGCUGCAAGGAUCUGACCCAGAAGGGUUACCGAUAAAAUACAGUUUAGUGGGCACGGACAAGUUUUCAGUGAACGCAGAAACUGGUGACGUCACGUUAGACCGACCACUUGAUAGAGAGGUGGAAGAUACGAUUAAAUUCCUAGUUUCCAUAGAAGAUGAGGACCCUGCCAAGGUGCAGAACUUGGUGCAGUCGCAGUCGGUCACUGUCAUCGUGCUGGACGAGAAUGACAACCCACCUACGUUUAAAAAUAGUCCGUACGAAGUGAACGUGCCAGAAGACGAGGAGGUUGGAAAGACUCUCCUGAAUAACAUCCUCGUGGAAGACAGGGAUUCCGUGGGUGAUAACCUGGAAGUAGGCUGUGUGCCUAAUGAACAGUGGCCCGAAGCCUGUGAGACUUUCGAGGUGGUGACCCUGAACUCCUCAGCGCACCAGUACACCGGGGCGCUAGUGCUGAAGAAACCGCUCAACUACAACGAGAGGCAGUUCUACCAGUACCAGUUGUAUGCUAAUGACGGCAGCCUAAACUCGACAGCUCACGUGGAGAUCAAAGUAGUGGAUGUCCAGAACUCUCCGCCAGUGUUCAGCGGUGCGCUCAGUGGGGCGCUGGCCGAGGACGCGCCCGUCGGCACCCUGGCGCUCACUGUCAGGGCGAGGGAUGCGGAUAGGGCUCAGCCCAGGAGUGUUGUGCUGGAGUUGGUGACAAAUCCGUUGGAUUUCUUUUUACUGGACAGAAAUACGGGAGAAUUGAGGACAGCUAAGCCUCUGGACAGAGAGGCACUAGCAGAUCCUUCAUCACCACUCAAUCUUACCGUUAGAGCAACAGAACUAGUGAAUGGUGUCCCAGUAAUAUCAGACCUGACCUCAACCCUGGCGACGGUUACAAUAACAAUAAAGGACGUAAAUGAUGAGCCGCCUCGCUUCAACCGCCGCGAGUACUUCGUGGAGAUACCGGAGUCCUUGCCCGUGGGGACACCACUGCCGAACCUGGACAUGGUGGUGACUGAUACCGAUGUGGGUCUGAACUCCGUAUUCACUCUACGCCUAUCAGACGAGAUGGGAGCCUUCAUAGUGGAACCUGCCACUGCCACUGGCAGUGCCUCAGUCACCUUGAGGUUAAACUCUAGUCUAGAUUACGAAGAUCCUAAUCAGAGGAAAUUUAUUUUGGAGGUAAUAGCAGAAGAGCUACACACGUCUCCCCGCCUGUCUUCUAAGGCGAGUGUGACGGUGUCCCUGACCGACGUGAACGACAACGCGCCGCAGUUCGCCGAGGAGCCGUACUCCGCCACACUCGCUGAGGCGGCGCCACCCGGCACCAGGGUCGGUGCCAUACGCGCGACCGACAGAGAUACUGGCAGAUUCGGUACAGAAGGCAUAGUAUACCAGUUGUCGGGCAAUGGCGCGGAGUUGUUCCGCGUGGACAACCGGAGCGGAGUGAUGACGGUGGCGGCCUGCGACACGGCCGGCCUGGCGCCCUGCCUCGACUACGAGGCCAGGAAGGAUUACUUCUUGCAGUACAAGGCUACAGACGACGACGGCGCGGGUCAGAGCACGGUGGUGUCCCUGCAGAUCUCGCUGACGGACUCCAACGACAACCCGCCAGUGUUCCACACUCCCGUAUAUAAAGCUUCUAUUGAUGAAGAUGCUGUCAAGUUUGAGCCGGAACUACAGGUUCAAGCCCGCGACGUGGACGUAUCGUCCGACAUUCGCUACUCGAUCAUCGACCCGCCGACACACCCGUUCUGGAUAGACCCCAUCAACGGCAAGAUAUCCGUCCGACCUGAUACAGGCGGGGUCACUCCCCCUGAAGAUAGUAACAAGAUAUUCUUGACUGUUCUGGCCACAGACGGUAUCCACAACGCUACUUGUAAAGUGGAGAUCACAGUCCGCGACGUGAACAACCACGCUCCAGUCUUUGAUACCGACAAGUAUGAUGCUGACAUCUCCGAAGAUGCACCGAUAGGUACGGAAGUAGCAGCAGUUCGCGCCACGGACCUGGACAGCGGCAUGAAUUCGGAGCUGAAGUACUGGAUACAGAAGGGAGCGCUCGACUCCUUCGCCAUACACAACGACACUGGAGUCGUCACUGUUUCCUCCAAACUCGACUAUGAUAAGAGGAAUACUUAUAGAAUACAGAUUGUUGCUACUGAUUUGGGUAUACCAAGUCUAACAGGCACGACCGAGCUGACAGUCCACGUGAUCAACGUCAACGACAAGAAGCCAUACUUCACGCCGGCCAUACAACGCGCCGAGGUGUCAGCAGACGUGGAGCUUGGCGUCAUUGUACAUAACCUGAUAGCUGUGGACCCUGACAUCAUGGAUAACGGGUCGCUGGUGUAUGAGAUGGGAGAUAGAGUUAUUAGGGCUGUUGAUAAGAAUGGGAAAGAGGUAUCAGACGAAGGUAUCUUCGGCACGUGGUUCACGGUCCAGUGGAACGGGUCCGUGGUAGUGUCGCAGCGCCUCGACAGGAGUCGAGCGGCCGUGCUCACCCUGCCCGUGGCCGUUACUGACGCCUCCGCGCCUACGCUGCAACGAGCUGAUGGCGAGCUAAUAAUAACAAUAGUGGACGUGAACCGUCACGCGCCCGUGUUCUCGCAGCCCUCCUACCUCGACAACAUCCUGGAGGAGCAGCCCCUGGGGACUGUCCUCAACACCUACACCGCUAGCGACAAGGAGACUCCUAUACAGGCCAUUGCGAUACAGCCACCUAAUCCAUACUUCGUUAUUGACAACGUUACUGGAAUAGUAAAAGUGGCUCAACGAAUAGACUAUGAGAAGGUUCACAGUAUUAACUUCACGCUAGUAGCCUACGACGGGGGAGUGCCACAACUCAGCACCGCGGCAGGAGUCAUGGUGCAGGUGCUAAACGCCAACGACGAGGAGCCAGUGUUCGCGUCCAGUGCGUACGACGGGGUAGUGGCGGAGCAUGCCGAGGCGGGAACCAGUGUGCUCAUUGUAAAUGCUGUCGAUAAGGAUGAAGGUGAAUUUGGCGAAGUGACGUACAGUCUAUCAGGCGACUCUGCAAACCAGUUCACCAUAGACCCUAACACCGGCAUCAUCACGGUAGCAGAGGGCGCUGUGAUCGACAGAGAGGUUACAGGGGAUAUUUACUUCAGAGCCAUCGCCAGUGAUAACGCGCCCGCGCAUAUUAGGCGAACUACGAGUGUACCGGUGCACAUAAAAGUCCAGGACAUAAACGACAACUCUCCAGUGUUCAGUCAGAAAGUGUACAAGAGUACCAUCGCCGAGAACUUGCAGCUGAACCCUCCGGCCGCCAUACUGCAGGUGUUAGCUGAAGAUAAGGACGAGGGGAUUAAUGGGAAGAUCGAGUAUAGGAUCAUUGAACAGAGUGAAGCUGGCGUAUUCACAGUGGACCCGACGAGUGGUAUAAUCUACCCGGGCCGGCCGGUGCUGGGCAACACGAGCUACCAGCUGGUGGUGGCGGCGCGCGACGGCGGCGGCGCCGGCCCGCACGCCGACACCGCGCGCGUGGACAUCUACGUGCUCAGCGUCAACAGGCACAGUCCCGUCUUCGUACAGCCGCCCACUGACGUCCGACACUUGGAUAUACCUGAGAACGCAGCCCAGUCAGACUACUUAAUCACUACAAUAAAGGCGACGGACGAGGACAGUGGUGAGAAUGGCCGUGUCUCCUACUACCUGAAGGUAGACAACCAGAAUGUUGGGGAGACGCAGGAGUUCAGCCUGGAUCCUGAUACUGGAGAGUUGAGAACCAAGACCUUCCUGGAUAGAGAGCAUAAAGCUGAAUAUCAGCUGGUAAUAGCAGCAGUGGACAACGGUACACCAGCCCAGUUCGAGAGCCUUCGACUCCUGACGGUAGUACUGGUGGAUGACAAUGACAACGCGCCGCGGUUCCCGGCACCGGUCCAUCAGUUCACCAUCAAGGAGAACCUGCUGCCAGGAGUUAUUAUUGGUACAGUAAAAGCAACAGACAAGGAUUCUGGGGAGAACGGCAAGGUAUACUACCACGUGCUGGAGGGGAACCAGGAGGGAGCCUUCACCGUCGACAGGACACAAGGAGUCAUCCGGGCUAAUAUCAGCUUCGACAGAGAGAAGCAAUCAGAAUACUCAUUCACGCUCUACGCUAGCAAUAACCCGAUACUAGAGCAUGCGGCGGCCAUCUUGAAUUCCGUGGACAACAACACUGACGGCCAGGACCCCAGCGUUACAGUCGUGAAGGUGCGGGUGCUGGAUGAAAAUGAUAAUGAGCCCAAGUUCCAGCACAAGAUUUAUUAUGCAGGUAUAAAGCACACAGCACGAGUAAACGAGCCAGUAAUCUCAGUAGUGGCUGAGGACCCGGACCUGGAUGAAAAUGGAACCCUGGUGUACAUGGUGGCAGCCUCCAACCUGUUCAAGUUUGGAGCCUCGCAGUCCAGUGGCAGUGUCGUGCCGUCGCCGUUUAAUAUUAGUCAGGAUGGUAUCUUGAUGACGGCGCACUACAUGGCGGAGUACAACCAGGACCGGUUCGUGCUGGACAUCAUCGCGCAGGAACUCGCUCCGCCACACAGACAGGCCAAGGCACAAGUCUACGUGUGGAUAAUAGACCGCAGCUCCCUGAUCCGCAUGGUGGUGUCCCGCAGCUGCAGCGCGGCGGAGGGCGGCGUGUGGCGCCGGCUGGCGGCGGCCGGCGCCGCGCGCCUGGUGCCGGGCCGCCGCCUGCCGCUCGUGCAGGCCGACCGCCGGUACGACGACUGGUGUGAAAUCCACUUACACGCAGUAGACCCGAACACAUACCAAGUGCUGCCAGUGGAGAAGGUGCUGGAGACCAUCGACUCCAAGUACGACCAGCUGAAGGACGUCUACCAGGAGUACGGGGUGGAGACACUUAUUGCAGCCAGUGCUACUUCUAAAGCUCCAGAUAGCUUCGACCCAGCCCUAGCAGCUCUGAUAGCACUCCUCAUCGUACUGUUUACUGGCAUCGUCACCUUUAUCGUUGUCUGCGCAUGUCUUAAACAUUGGGUCAUACCACCACCGUCCCUACAAUCCAGUAAAGGAGACAGUUUAGCCAGACGCCGUAUAUUAGAGGAACUGUCAACGACAGAGAACCCGUUGUGGCUGGAGACCAAACUCCGGCCCUAUGAGGAACAAGAGCUCACUAUGAAUGUAUUUGGAGACCUGAAUGAACAACCGGCAGCUGAACCCGCACCGACGGACAACACCUACGCAACGAUACAAGGCAGUCGAACGACGGAGAGGUUCGGUGACUACGCCACGCUGGGCGGCGACUCACCCACGCCAUUAGAAGCUGCCUUGGGAUUCCAGGGUAGCACAUUCAAACCGCCUUCACCAGACACGCCGGAACCUCCUCCCAGACCUUCAGGGUUAGGAGGGCUCUGAUGAUACGUCCAAAACAAAAUGGUGGAAGUUAUAAAUACUAAGUGUAAAUAUAUGGUAACUAGGUAGUGCAUGUUGGCAAUGUGUUAUAACACAACAUAAGAUAUUACUCAAUCUGUAACAUUUUGAGUAAUAUUACAUUAAUUUAUGUUACAAAUAUAAUUAACAAGUUACAAGGUCUUUUCACUUGGAAAUUACUGUAACAAUGUCUCAAAUAUAUUGAAACUUAUUUUCGGUUUUUCGAAAAUGUUACAGAAUGAGUAAUUAUCGAAACUCAAUCUAAGACUGUCAGAAGAUAUUAAAACAUAAUUAUAUUUUUGUUACCAUUUAAAAAAAAACUUAUUUUCUAUACUUUGUGAUACAUUGACAACGUCCAUUUUUAUUUUAUUUUAGGAACAAAUUCUUCAUAGCAAUUGAUAUUUCUGGAUAUUUCUUUUUUUGGAGAGUUGGAACAGUAGAUGUUAUUUAAAUAUACGUACUUCCUUAAGAACAAGCGUAAUGAUAUAGUAAUUAUGACCUUCUUUUUAAAUGAGAGAAAUUAUUGUUAUUCUAAGUUUUUUAAACGAAACAACUGACCGAAUUGUCUAUAAGUCAUUAUUGACGCUACAUUUAGGGGGGGUUUCUGGGCCCUGAUUCCCGCACGGAACAACGCUUUGUGUGAUCCACAGAUGGUUGUUCCGGGUCUGGGUGUGAUGUGUAUGUGAUUGUAUAUUUGUUAACGCACCCACGACACAGGAGAAAAUCCUAGUGUGGGGGCAACGCCUUUUGUUAAGAAAGAAAUUGUAGAUACUACUCCAAAAGGGAAAAUCAAGAAAAUCUUUUUACAGUUAGUCUAUAAAAAUCUACAGUAAUAAACUUUUUAUAUUUUGAUACUACUCUUAUCCUGAAUCUCAUUAUAAUCUUAGCCAAUCUUUUAGACUUAUAUUCUAGACCUGUAAUAUAUGUAUAAAUAAUAAAUGAAUAAAUUAUUUCCAAUCUUUCUCGUAAUAAUAACUGCCAUAUAAAUAUAUUGUAAAUUACAAUUAUUGUACAAAUUACAAUAUUUUUAGGACGAUUUUUUGUAAUGUAU